AAUACCUAAGAGUUGGAUCUAUAAAAGAUCUAUUCCGCACCAUCAUUUAAAUUUUAAAUAACUACCUGUCUUUAUAUUCCAAUGUCUAGCAGUCUUAACCAGCAAAGUUGCGAUAUUAUGGGGAUUCUCGCGGAUGCCAGGCGAGAUCAAAACACAACAACAACCCUUGACCACAAUAUUCAUGGUUCCGUAUCGUCUCUUACCUGGCAUCCUGCAAAUGUUUCUUUGGUUAUGCCAGUUAUCUAUACUGGGCCAUUGCCGCUCCAGCUUCUUGGUGUAGGAGCUCACCUCAAUGAAAGCCUCCCUUUUACAGGAAACGGGCAUCAUUCUCAUCCUCUUCAGGGGUGUUGGCUCAUGAUAUUUCCCACCGAACAAGGCUCGCAAAUGGCCUCGCGAUGACCGGUGAUUCAAAUCACUCUAGGAUACGAUCAAAUUAUGAAAGUGACGACAACGUCAUAAACGAUAUCAAUUUGGAUCGUCUUUUGUUUGAGUCCGCGGCUCCAUGUUCUAUUCAAAUUGGAGGCCGCCGCGAGUCUCUAGAGACAACCAGAGUCAUCAUCAUUUAUCUGAUACCAAUAAUGGUUCGUUGAAGCCGACCUCUAAAUGGGCUAUAACCCCCCUCCCUCGCGCAAUUGCAUAUUUUUGGUCAUAUUUAUACUCAAUAGCAGACAUCAAAGCGAUAGUUCGCUUCGCCGUCGUCAUCUUCAGCCACCUGAUGGGGAUCUGGACGGCACUCUCAGUCAGCAUAAUUCCCGGACGGCCAGACGACGCCCUCCCGUCACUCAACGACGACAGCUACCCAAUCAUGGUUGCCCAAGUAGCCGCAUCAAUGCUGUCUCCGCUGCUGUUUACAGUCGUGUCGACUAAGGAAGAUAUAACAACGCUUCGACAGAAGUUAACCUCUUUUUAUUACGUCUUGCUUGUGGUCGGAGUCCUGAUGUCGCUUGUAUCUCUAUUGCUCUACUCGCUUUGGCCUUCGGGAUACCGCGUAACUAACAUUACUAUAAUUGCAAGCCUUAUGUUCGGUGUCCUCGGCAGCUGGCAGUUCUUGGAGAAGUCCUGGAAGAAGACAUCGUCGACAAACGAGGACAUCGAGUUGGGCCUGCGACAAGCUUGAUACAUUUAGUAUUUCAUACUAUUCAGCUUAUGCGAGUUUAUUUUUAUUUUUGUAGGUAGGGUAUGGGCUCAUCGAGGGAAAAUAGUGACUGUUCUGCAAGGUUUAUUUAGAUUGGAUAAUGAUAGGUAAAGGGUAUAAAUAUGAAUACGUGCUAGAUUCUGGCUAGGCUUGGAAUACUUGUAUAGGUUAUAUUUCGGGUGACGAAAUGAUAUACCAGUACUAUAAUCGGGUUCC